UUUAUAGAAUAUGUCAUGUAAACAGGAAGCUCAUUACGCAGACGCCAAUGACACUACUAGGAUUAACAUCGAAAUUCGAUUGUCAAAAGAAAACAACAAAAAAACAUUUAGCAAAAGAGUACAGGGUUAACAUCACCACUGACAGUUGCAAUCCAAUGAGACGCAGUCUUUCCUUGUCAUAGUUCCCAUGGCCAACUACAGCUGUGCGAAGUAUCAGGAUGGGGACGGCAUUCACGAGGAUAUCUAUGAAAAAUGGUUGAGGCGCCGACUCGACUACGCUACCAUAAGGGAGACAGGAAAUCAUGCAGCACCGGGAUUUCUCCACACCAUCGUACACCAUGGCGACUGUCCGAAAGCUGUUGCCAGUGAAAUUCGGAACGAAAUGUGGAGAAAAAAUAAAUACCCACACUCCAAGUUUUUUACCCACGGCCUGGUUCUGUACAAGUAUCCGGAAGUGGUCAGGGAGCUACUGGAUCUUAGAUUCUCACAGUGCCCACCUCCUGUGUCAGUAUACUCCCCUGGAUACAGCCUUAAAAACAACGUCCACGACUUGAGUCUGACGGAGCUGACGUCGGUGACCCAGUGGCUAGAUCCUCUGCUUCUCACCAAGUGUACGUUCCCACACGCGCUGGAGACGCCGUUGUCUUGGGACCUCAGGGGCGGACCGAAUCAGCCUCAGUUUCGGGAGAUGAUGAAGGACCCUACACGUGUGAACAAACCAAUGUACCCUCAGUGCUGCUACGACAAGAGUAACGUCUGCAGUUCAGUUUACUGCCGGACACCGCUACCGGAAGCAGUCUUGACCCCCGGGCCUUUCGGAAAGGGUGACGCCGUCAUAAAAUGGCACCUUCGGGAAUUUAGGCAAAAGCAGCCAUCUUGCGGAUGCUGAUAGCCCUCUCAAUUCGUGACCUGACUCUCUUAUCAGUAGAGUUGAACUAGAAGUCGAUGUUUAUAUCAGUAUUUUCUUACAUGUAGAGUUGAAGUAUUAGCCUGCCAGUGUAAUUGAAGUAUUAGCCUGCCAGUGUAAUAUAGCAAAUAAGAACUGUUGUUGUAAAACAAUCUCACUGUUAUGCUGUUUAAAAUAAAAUAUACACAAUGUUCAGUAACAACAUUUAUUGUCUGUGGCGUAGUUAGGUACCAGUGGGCCCGGUUUCAAGAAUAUAAUAUGUUGGUCCCCCCCCCCCCCCCCAAAUAGAACGAAAUUAGGAUGUACAUUAAAAAAAAAAAAAGGAUAAAUCUUUAUUUUUUUUUUACAAAAAUGAGAGCAGUUUUAAUUUUAUUAUACAAAGUACAAAUAGUCAUCUCCAAGGGAUCAUGUGGGGGGGGGGACCAUUUUAUUCACGCGCCAUGGACAGAAGCGCAAUGAAACCCUGACUUGCCAUGGUUGUACAGUCACACGCUGUGGGCCCCUAAUGGUCUUGGGCCAGAGUUGAUUGAACUCCAUUACGCCAUGGAUGCUAGCCCACUGAUUAUUGUUGUAUACCAGCCAAACAAUGUGUGUAUAACAUUUCACGGCUUAUAUAACUUUUCAGGUCUAAUUGUUAAAUAAUCACACUAAGAACAUCUUGUAUUCCGAUUGACUUUGACAAGAGCUGUGGCUUGUAAAUUUGUACUCCUAAUAAAACUAUGCUACAUUAA